UUUGUAAAGGUUGUACUGUGACAGUGUACCCCGGGAUAUCCGAGUGAUCUUAUCUGACGUCUGGUCUGCUUUCUCGGCAACAUAGACGUAUCUCAUUCUUCAUCUUAAGGAAACACACAGGGAAAAACAAAACAAAACAAAACAAAUGUUUACUAGAGAGAUAGAUUUUGAAUCUGUGGGUCGAAGUCUUCAACUGAAGCAAGAAGUAGAAGGAGAUGUUGGAUGUGUGGUGUGGGAUGCAGCCAUCGUCCUGGCAAAGUACUUGGAAGUUAGAGAAAAAGGCAAAAGAAAACUCCUAAAGGGAUCAAGUGUGGUUGAGCUAGGAGCUGGGACUGGGUGUGUUGGUCUUGCUGCAGCCCUCUUAGGGGCCUCCCAUGUCACCUUAACAGACUUGCCUGAGCUGCUGCCACUGCUAAAGAUCAAUUGCGCUCAGAACACACCAAAUAUUCAUGGUGUGGCAGAGGUGCAACAACUGACCUGGGGCAACACUCAUCAAAUACAAGCCAUUGAAGUACCUGAUGUCAUCCUUCUGGCUGACUGUAUUUAUUAUGUCCUUGGAGCCUCUUGUGUCUACUGUGAGAUCUCUGAGCAGCAGCACCACCACUGUCAUCAUGAGUUAUGAACUGCGCACUGAUGGAAACAAGCCUGAGUUGCAGAGGAAAUUUUUUGACUUGAUGGAAGAAUAUUUCACAAAAGAAAGAAUUCCUGAGCAAGAACAUCACAGCACAUACAGAAGUGAAGAUAUUUUAAUAUAUGAGUUUAGAAAAAAAUAACAUUGAUACACUUUAAAUAAAAAUUAUUCUCAUGGAUUAGUUGGAUCAGGUAUUGUGAAAGGUAAUGAUAAAAUUCUUAAAGGUUUAAUGAAGUUGAUUAGUUGCUCAUACACACAUUUUCUUGCAUUUGAAGACAGGCUAUAAUAGAACUUUAAAAGAAGAUAGGAACAGGGGAGGCAGUUGUGAACAGACAUUCAUGUGUUGCUAGCCAACAUCUUUGGAGCACUUAACAUUCUGCAGAAGGUUUACGCAAGUAUAGGUACUCGUCCAGAUUGACAAUAUCAACAAUGUUCUACACUGUCCGGAUUAAUAAGCAAAAACAAAAUCUGUUUGUGUUUACUGUUCAAGCAGCCACCAGUGUGCUUAGUGGAUCAUCACUAUUGUUCAUUUCAUAAGGCUCUGCUAACCUACUGACUGUUCUCCAUUCUGCAUGUUUUAGUUGAUCUGUCCAGGCUGAUACCUGGACAGUCCUUAACAAAUAUUUAUUCUGGGUAGCAACUGGCAGAACAAACUUACAGUGAAUAAUACAAAUAAUGGUGACUAAGCAUCAACUUCAGUCUGAGCUGCCUAGAUGACAUCACAGUUCCUUGUCUUCCUGCCAAAACUCAUCCCACCACUCAGUGCUCAUGUGGCUGCCAUCCCAUCACUUGGUGCUCAUGUGGCUGCCCUGAGAAGACAUGAUUGAAUUUUUUUACUGAAUGUCUCAUGAUUUUUCACCUGGGUGAAUGGUUUUGUUUUUUUACAAAUAUUAUGGGGUAAGUAAAGCAAUUAAUACCUGACACUAUUUCAGUGGUCAUUAGUCUGAAGACUGGUAUUAAACAGACCAGGGAAACAGCAGACCAAGUUGAGAUAAAUGAUUGCACUGUGAGACAAUAUAUCAGACUGGUUUAAAAAUGUCCUGAGAUGAAAGGAUUAUGCAGUGAUAAGAAAAGGAAUCAUUGAUUGAUUUCUUUGUAGAUUUGUCAGAUUUUAUCUAUUUUUUCUGAAUAUGUGUUUUAAUGUAAUUUUGUUUUUGAGAUGUGGUAUGUAUGUAUGAAAGUGGGAAACAGGCAGUCACCCAAACUGACUAUGCCUUGCAUCUUAAAAACCUCCAUACUGUAUUGUACCUUGUGGUGGGGUGAGUUCACUGCCAAUCAUAUUAUUGAAUUUCUCUACUAAUCUCAUUCUGAAAAGAAUAAAAACAGAAGUACUAGUUA